AUGACGACUAGCGCCCUGGAGUCACCCGUUACCUCGAGGCCACAGAACUGGAUGGAUCAGACUUCGGGACAGAGCGCUCCGUUUGACGACGUGCCAAUUACCUCAAGCAAGGGAACGGCUACGGACCCGUCGUCACCAAAGACAGUCACAAAGCGAGAAAGCCGAUUUGCAUCUCUGUUCAUUGCACUACUGGCUGUCAGUCCUAUGGCUAUCGAAUACGACGCGGCGGACCAGCAGACUAUGGAGGCAGCACAGGAGGCAUCUGUAAGCGCGACGCAACAGGAAUCUCCUAAGAAGACAGAAGCUCGGCCAGGAAGUGGGGUCAAAUCAUCAGAGAUUCGCAAGACCAGAUGGAAGCGAUUCAAGUACGAACUGGGGCUGAAGAUGAGGAUUACCGGCAGACGGAAGGCAAACGAUCGGUGGAAGUGGACGCAGGCGGAGGAUAUCGAGCUGGAGGUUUUGAGAUCAGAAGAGCGAUACAUCUAUGCGGAUAUGGAGAUGCAGAACAGCAGCUAA